UUAUAACUUUAUAUACAAACCAAACCACACCUUCAGUAAGUUCAAAGAGCAACCAAAAAAUGAUGAUCGGAGAGAGAAAACACUAUCCGAUGGUCCACGUCCCUCCAUGGACCUGCACAGAUCAUCCAACGGCCGAUCUAUUCUCCGUUAGCCCUAACGGUAACGUCAACUUCAAUAACACCGACGACUACUCUUGUUUCCUCUCACCAGACUCUCUAACGGCCCUCCCACGUUAUCUCCCGUCAAAUACAGACGACCUCGACAUCUACUCCAACUCCAACGACGACGUUUUAGGUGAUGAUUUGGAUCUGCCGGUGGACUUCUCCCGGUGCGAUCAUUUCCGGAUGUUCGAGUUCAAGGUUCGAAACUGCGCACGUGGGAGGUCACAUGACUGGACGGACUGUCCUUACGCUCACCCCGGAGAGAAGGCUCGCCGGAGGGACCCACGUAAGUACCACUACUCCGGCACAGCUUGUCCGGACUUUCGCAGAGGUAACUGCGUAAAAGGGGACGCGUGUGAGUUCGCCCACGGCGUAUUUGAGUGUUGGCUCCACCCAUCUCGCUAUCGUACGCAGCCCUGUAAAGAUGGGCUGAACUGUCGAAGGCGGGUCUGUUUCUUCGCUCACUCGCCGGACCAGCUCCGCGUACUGAGUCCGAGAACAGAGUCAUACGAUGGACUGAGUCCGAGAAACGAAUCAUACGAUGGGUCCCCUCUUAGGUUGGCUUUGGAGGGUUCUUGUAAGAAGGGGUUAACUUUUAUUUCGUCGCCGGAAUCGGUUUCGCCGUCGACCGAGUCUCCGCCGAUGACUCCAAUGUAUACGAACUCACUAAGUCGGUCAUUGGGUUCGAACUCGAUUGACGAAAUGGUGGUUUCUCUGCGUCAUUUACAGCUGAACAAGGUCAAGUCUAUGCCAUCUUCAUGGGGCUUACAGGUAAGUUCUUCGGGGGUCGGGUCGCUGAGAGUACCCAUAAACCGAUCCGGAUUCUGUAGCCUACCUUCCACUCCGACUCGGGCUAUGACCCGGUUCGGAUUUGGUCACUUUGAUCUCCGGGACAAGGACGGUUGUGAGGAGGAGCAAGUGAUGGAGAGGGUCGAGUCAGGAAGGGACGUGAGGGCCAAGAUGUUUGAGAAAUUAAGCAAGGAGAAUCCGUUGGAUCGGGUUGACCCGAAUUCUUUUGGUGUUUUAAAUGCGGAUUUUUUUGGUUUCUGAGAUGGUGAAGUGCAAAAAGGAAAAAGUUAAAUUAUGAAGAAAUUUUAUGGCAAGUGGUUGUGAUUUUCUCGGUAUGGUAUGGGUGGUGCUCUCUAUCUCUCUCUCUCCCUCCCUACGUCUCUCUCUCGGAGUGGAAGAGAAAGAGAGAGAGAGAAGAAUGGAACAUUGCUUUUUAAAGCAGAAAGUGACACUUCUGUGAAUAUUUAAUAGUAUUGGUAAAGGAAUUAAAAUAUAUGAUGGGAUGAAGAGUAGAAUCUCUUUUUUGGGGAUAGCAGAACAUAGAUUCUCCCUUGCUUAUUCAAGGUUGUCUAGAUAUAAUUAUAUAGUAUUGCUACAUGUAAUAGAUCUAACUCAUUAUUGUAAAUAUGUAUUACAAUAUUCUAUGCAAGUAUUGUUUGUUUAAAAGCUUUUAUUUCUUAACAAUGAUUUUUGUGGGUGUUUGUCGGGUCUCAGUUUGUCAUAUGUAAUGCUUUGUAGGGAAUGGUAAAGAAGCUCUAUCUUCUAUAUAUGUAAUG